UGUCAGUAACGUCGAAGGUUUUUGCAAGUUUGGAUGUUUUAUUAUCAAUUAUACAAACAUAUAGUGGCACAAGGGAAUUUUGCAGCUGUGCGGUUAAAUAUAAUGAAUAAAUCAAUUAGCAUUCCGAUUCAUUGGCCGCCGGGUGUGAAGUAGUAGAAUGUCGCGUCAAGUGCAAUCGCCAUUGUGACAGUUUUGACAAGCGUUGGAGAUUUUUCUGCGGUACCGUAGGUCAAACACAGAAACCAACCCCUUUUGCAUUUUUCCGCGAGGUAAACGCGUCAAGUGCAGAAAAAUUGUCCGACCGACGCUCAGAAUUUGUGUCGCGUGCAGUGUGAAACCGGAAAGGAAGAAGAAGUAGAAUAAAAGUUUUGUGACAAGCCCAUUGUACCGGUCACAACGGUACGAGUGCUAUUCCCCUAACCUAAAAAGUGCAGUGGUGUGUCCUUUGAAAAGGGAAGCAAAAAAUAUUACUGAUUUGUGUAGAAACGACACCGCAAGAUAUAAUUUGCUAAUCAAUAUCACACAGAGUAGGUGGCACCCCCUUGUCCGCAAGCUGUCAAAUCGGAUCGGAGCAGCGACAUCUCUAGCACAAAGGCAACAACGAAAAUAAAGUUUACAACCGCGAAAGAAUAAUCUGCCGAUCCAGCGGCAGACUCGGUGGUAAAUCAAACUCCGCGCGAGCACUGCGAGCCGGACAACACGCUUCCAAACAUGAUGGAUCGGAUACCGUCACUGUCGAUACCGGGCUUAUCGUUGUCCCAUCCGCUGUCGAUACCGACCUCGCAGAAUCUCACGAAUCAAUCAUCACACGCCGCACUGAACUCACUUAAUCUGCACACCCAGAAUCUGCAUGCGGCGUCAUCUGUGAAUGCGCUGCACAGUUCCCAGAGUGGUUCGACGACGGCACAUGCCGUUGCGGCGGCCGCCAACCUGCACCAGAACGUGGGAGGACUGCUGAACGGAACCGGUAACAGCAACGGGAACAAGCAGCCCUACGUAACAGUCCAAAGUUCUCCCUACUAUUACAGCCUGCUGGGGCAAACGAUGAUGAAGAAGCCCGCCGAGGAGCACAUCAAACGCCCGAUGAAUGCCUUCAUGGUGUGGUCCCGGCUGCAGCGGCGAAAGAUCGCCCAGGACAACCCAAAAAUGCACAACUCGGAGAUCUCCAAACGACUCGGAGCCGAAUGGAAGCUGCUGACCGAGGACGAAAAACGACCAUUCAUCGACGAAGCGAAAAGGCUCCGGGCGAUGCACAUGAAGGAACACCCGGACUAUAAGUACCGGCCGAGGAGGAAACCGAAACCGAUCCGACGUGACGGGUAUCCCUAUCCGAUGACGUAUCCCUCCGUGCCGGUCGACGCUCUGCGGGCAGCUUAUUUCGUUGAUUCCGCAGGCAUCUCACCCAGCUACUUCGCACCAGGUGCUCCGUACCACUUAGGAAGUCAUUUGUCACAAGCUAGUCCUCCCACGACCCAGUCCUCAAUCUCGUCCCAGAUGGACGUCUCCAAAUUUGCCCUGGAUCGUAGCGCCUACUUGAACACGGCGGCUGCCGGCGCCCUGUACGAUACCUCCAAAUCGCAGACAAACCCAUACAGCGCCUACCUCGAUCCGACGACCGUCCUAACAAAGGCAUACUUCGAUUCGAAAAUGUACCAGGAUCGGGCCACAGCCGCCGCAAAUUACGCUUUUGACAUCUCCAAAAUCUACGGCUCCCAGCAGCAGCAACAGCAGCAACAACAACAACAGGCUCAUUCUCAGGCACAACAGCAAGCUCAUCAACAGCAGCACCAGCAGCAACACCAACUGCACCAUCAACAUCAGCUGAAUGGCGAUGACCGUGAAUCGACUCCGCAGCUAAGUGAUGUCAAUGUGGACAUCAAACCGCAACUCGGUGAACAAAUGGACAGUUCACCGUUGCACAGCAACAGUUACGGCGCGAACAAUCUCCUCGGUGGAAGUGCUGCCGGCUUGUACCAGUAUGCCGGUGUAGGACAGUCUAGCGGCAGCGGCGUUGGCGGUUCCGGGGCCGGUGGUGGUGGAGGAGCCGGAGAUUAUAGGCGCCCGCUGACGGUUAUAUUUUGACCAAACUCCGAGGUGAUGGACGACAGAGAUUAUUAAAAGUGUAGACAUUAAGCAUACAAACAAUAGAUCAACGAUCACAAUUGCUGUUUAGAUUACUAUAGGUGUUAUAUUUUUAACCAACCGGCUGUUUAGCCUGGUUGCAUUGAUUAUUCAUCCGUACUGCGUUGGAAACGAAUCCUAGAUUAAACGAGACGUGUCCUUUCGGCAUGUUUUAACGAAAAAAGUACAUCUUAGCUCACAACCCGAUUCCAGUCACGGUGUGUACAUUCCAAGCAACCGAUCAGAGUAAGCGUAGACGCAAACAUUUUAAACAUGUGUAUACCAGUUAGUUUGUAGCGAACUUUUUAGACCAGUUAGGGUUGCAAGCUUGCAUGGAACGAUUCUCUCAUGAAACAGCAAAGCACGUGAUUUAUGCUAAGGAAAGUGGAACACAACUGUAAAAAGCUUCAUGACAUAAAUUAU